AUGUUUCACCAUUGUCUUUUCCAAGAUCGAAACUUCCCAUUGUCUCUUGGCUGUAUUUUCGCUGAAGGUAUGGUAUUCUUCUGUGCCAACGACCAUUUCGCGUUUGAGGUCAGUAUUUUCUUCUCACAAGACAGUCUGAUCACUGGCGCACAUUACUCUGUUGCCUUUGCAGCUCUUGGCAUAUCCGCAAUCAUCUCAGGUCUCUGGUGCUCAAAGACGAAAGCUAUGCGUGUUCCAACCAUAGUCGCCUUUUCAUUCUUUGUGCUCUUCAAUGUCUUGAUGGCAACAAUAUCUCAAAAAUCAACCACCAGCCAAAUCUGGGCCUUUCCAGGAUUUGGAUUAGGUAUAUGUCUCCCCUCACUCGUCACAGUAGCUCAUUUCGCAACGCCACAAGAAUUGAUUGUUAUUGCUUCGGGUCUUACGAUAUCUUUGAGGAGCUUGGGAGGUUCCGUAGGUCCUGCUCUUUACGGUGCUGUUUUACAUCACGGGUUCUCAUCAAUUCUGGGUUCAAAAAUAGUUAACGCUGUAUUACCACUUGGAUUUCCAAAAAAGGAGCUGCCUCAACUUGUCUCGGCACUCGCCAGUCAUAAUGAAACGAUGAUAAAACAAAUCCAUGGAAUUUCGCCUGAAAUUAUAGAAGCUGGCUACGAAGGCCUUCUCGAAGCGUACAGAAUUGGCUUUCGAGGUGAUUGGGUAACUACAGCCUCUCUGUCAUUAGUUGCAGGUAUUGGUAAGUGGAACGUAGUCCAAAGUUUCCUAAUAUGCUCCUCGGCCGCAUUCUUCCUUCGCGACCCAACAGAUAACUUCACUGCACACAUUGACGCACCGAUGGUUGUGAUAACAGAGGGCGAGGAAGAAAUGGAUGGGUCUACCUAUACUCUGACUAGAAUGUCAUAA